GGGCAUCUUUCGUCUAUCGUAUAGCUUGUAUUGCGAGAGCCCUCUCCUUUUCUCUCCCCCUCUAUACGAGAAACUUAGGAGCAAGGCGGCGACUACCGUUUGAUCUUGCUGGGAAUGAAUCUCAUCACUUAUCAACACCGCCCCACUGACCCGUGAACCAUAUAAGCACGUCAAAAAGCCCUUCACCCAGUUUAUUUCAGUCCGUUCGGGAAAAGCAGAGUCAUUGGGCUUCCGAUAUCUGUCUCAGUUUCUUGACAAGAAAUCCAGAUGGGGAGCAGAAGCGGAGGGAACUACCGAAACCCGUGUCUUACGAUGCAUCAGCCAUGGGCUUCUUUGCUUGUUUAUGGAAUCAAGCGGGUUGAAGGUCGGUCAUGGCGUGCUCCUAUUAGAGGUCGACUUUGGAUCCAUGCUGCUAGUAAGGUCCCAGACCCAGAAACAAUCAAAGCAAUGGAGGACUUUUACCGGGAAAUUUAUGCUGUGGAUGGAAUUACUGACCUCAAGUUCCCAGAACAUUACCCAGUUUCAAGACUGUUAGGUUGUGUUAAUGUUGUUGGGUGUGUCACACGUGACGAGCUGGUUUGCUGGGAUGGUGUACCCGAGGGGGUGAGGCUAGAAGGGCAAACAGAUUUUUGCUGGCUCUGUGAACAGCCCAAGAAACUGGUAAUACCAUUUGAGAUGCGUGGGUACCAAGGUGUUUAUAAUUUGGAAAGGAAGAUAUAUGAGGCAGCUUUUAGAGGUCUUUCUCCUGUUAAGGUUCCACGGCUGGUUAAAUUUGCACUUCCUGAUCCGCAUGACCCUUUUUCAUUGAAGCCAGGGUCGCUUUCUUCUUGCUUGAAUGGGCCCAAAGCAUCAACCAUUGAGAAACCAGCAAACCUUAAUGCAGCAAUAGCUGGUGCACGAGCUGCAGCCGGGCAGUUCUCAAAGAAAAGCUCCCACGAUUCCUUUACCACACAGGGAAGGGAUAUUGCUGUCCUUCCCAGAAAAACAAGGGGCAAAUGGAAGGAAGAGGAUCAAGGGCUGCACAGAGCUGGGAAAUCUGUUUCGUAAGAUGUAGCUUGCAAAAAUAGAGGGCAUUUUUAUUGUGUUAUAGGGAUAUUAUUAGUAUGCUUAAUUUUGUAUGGCCAUGUAUAUAGAAACCCUGUAUUGGCAAAUAAUUUACUGCUAUAGCAAUUCUGGCCUCUAAUAAUUGUCUUGUUGGUUCAAUUAAA